ACUGCGACCCCGGGCCAGAGGCAACUGGUGCCUGUGCGCGAGCAUUCGAUGGAGGACCUGCACGAGCGCACAGAAUCGCCGCUGCGCCGGAGUACUAAAGAUGCGGAGACAAGCUGCGCUCGCCAUCCCAGGCGCGCAGGAGAAAUACACGUGGAUGCUGGCGCGCGUGGACAACCCUGAUGAGGCGGUCGAGGUUUUGCUGAACUUUGUGUCCCGGCUCACAGUGCGGCUUGCCAAGGCCAAGACAGAGAGCGAGGAGGAGCUGAUCAGCAUCAUCCAGAGCCUGGGCGAGUUUGUUGAGGAGGGACUUAGCUACGUGAGGGACGAGGAUGCCGGCGAGUUCUACGAUGAUGAGUAUGAGUCAGACACUCAGUUCCCUGAAGUAUCUGCCUUUGACUAUGACCAGGUCGAUGAUGCCGACACUGAGUCUUUAACCGGUUCGCCGCUACAGAUCGCACCGCUCUAUGGGGCGGACAGAAGGGCUCGCUUGACGCCACCGCCGCCGCUGGUGCCGAGAAACACGUCGGUUACGGCUAGGGCGUUGCCACACAAGCCUGCCGAUACACACACGACGACCUGGGAGCUCAAGCAUCUAAACCGCAAGCUUCACGAUGUGCUUAGCUUGCACAACUCUACAGCCGCCAGCGAGUACGGAUCGGAGCCCACUGAAGCUACCAGAACUGCAGCCAGCGGUGCGCCUAAGGUAGGCGAUGGUGCCAGCGGCCCGGGAACCAGCGGUUCAUCGCUCAGUACAGUCGACUCGAGACUCGAGCGGGUCGCAGCACAGGCUGUGCCGUCGUCUACGCACAAGCUCAGUCGCUCGCCAUCCAUCCGUCGACUGGCAUUUCUGAAAGCCUUGUCCAACAACACCACCACCAGCAACAACAACAACAACAGGAAGGGUGAGGGAUCUGAUACGGAUAAUAGCCAUCCGCAAGAGAACUCUCACAACCACCACCACAAGCAUCAUCAUAAUAGCCCAGGCAGUGGUCAUCACAAGAAUGAGGGUAUCCAGCGCCACCCUCUGGCAACAUCGCGCACAUUUGACGACACUAUUCUUAUGUGUAACGACGAUGGUGUGUCAAAUGAAGGCGUGUCCAGGGUAUGAAUCGCUACAGGCUAGUCGAUUGACGCCUGACAUUGCUGCUGAUGCAGCUGACACGAGUGUCAUUUCGUCGUUUUCGUUUAGUAGCCAGCCGGCUAUUCCUGAAGUUGUCGUUUCAUCUGGCCCCGCUGUCCGCCGCAACGAAACACUGCCGGUAAUGUUGCCCUCAUGGUUGAGCAGCACAACACAGUCCGUCACAUAACCCGGGGCACAACUAUACGGUGGACGAGGACUGGCACUGUUGCACCUGGUGGGUCCAAGCCGCAACCAGGUGUUUC